AUGAUGUUCCCCUUGCGUGACGGAAGUCGCCCAGAUAUCUUGCAGCAGCACACGAGAUAUUCAAAGGAGCUCGCGGAUAUCUUUCCAAAAUCCGACUCUUUCAGAAUAACGAUUUUUAGAGACCCAGGGACACUUCUUCCAUCGCUGUUCGAAUACUUUCCUCGGAAUCCGCCUUUCAAAGAAGCCAAGACUGUGGAGAACUUUAUUUCGUCGCCUGAAAAAUACAGUAGUGUUGGUGCUGCCGAUUUCGUGACACGGAAUUCGAUGACUUUUCAAAUGGGAUUCGAAAAUUUUUUGAAAUCUGAACCGACCGAUGAGCAAAUCGCUGAAAUCAUUUCGACAGUAGAAAACGACUUCGACCUCGUCUUGCUUUCCGAGUAUUUACCACAAUCGCUGAUUUUGCUGAGACAUCUUUUGUGUCUGAAGUGGAGCGACAUUGCAACCAUGUCCAAGAAUAUUUCCAAACGAAAGCAUAUUGAGGAAAGUGUGAAGGAAAAAAUCCGACGCUGGCAGAAUGUGGAUAUGAGAGUUUACGAAGCGGCGAACAGAACACUUUGGCAAAAGAUUAGAGAUUUUGGCGAAGAGAAAAUGGCCACGGAAAUGAGCAUUCUGGAGAAAAUGAAUAGCGAAAAUGCCGAAAAGUGCGUCAAGGGAUACCGCCCGGUGAAAGAACUGGCCGUCGAGUUCCGUGACUACGAGCCGCCAGGACUGACCAUCGAGGGAAUCGACCUGAAAGACGGCUACUCAGAUGUUUGCUACGACAUUGCUUUGUCACCUUUUGCUCUGGCGAUUGAUAUACUUGAUAAACAAUGUCAAAGCUCUCACUUCUUGCGAAAAUACAUGAAUAUGGAAGACAGACCAAAGCGAUUCAAAACUGAUUGUAAAAAAUAA